AGAUAUCACCUGACCCCGCUCUAUCACUCCUCCACUGCCAUUGCCGCUUCCACAGCCACCAACUCUCACUUCCACUACGCUCGCCAUCCAACUACAUAGUCCAUGCAAUGGCAACCUUCCAAAUCCACUAUUUCUCUAUCGCGUCCUCUUACAUCAACAAAAACACUGAGGCCCUUCCAGCGCCCCUCCCACUGAACCGUCUCUUCGACACUCUCGAGUCGCGAUACCCGGGCAUCCGCGAAAAGGUCCUACAGAGCUGUGGUGUGAGUGUUGGAGAUGAGUAUGUGGAUGUUGAUGAGGCAGAUGGAAACAAAGAAGGAGAAGGAAGGGUGAUUCAGGCUGGUGAUGAGGUUGCGAUUAUUCCCCCGGUUAGUUCGGGGUGAUUACGAUACAUGAAUUAGAAGACAACAAUGCAGUACAAUGCGACUAUCCAUCCAGUUUCCCCAUUCCAGUCGCAGCCUUUUUCUUCAUGCGCCAGAGAUAUCCGCUGCACACUGCUGAGGAGAAGAAUAACACAC